AUGACCAUAAAAGGAGGCACAAGCCAGGCAUGUGCAGCGUGCAAAUACCAGCGGAAAAAAUGUUCAAAAGACUGUCCGCUUGCUCCUUUUUUCCCAGCUGAUCAACCCGAAAAGUUCCAUUACGCGCAUCGAUUGUAUGGAGUUCGCAAUAUAAUGAGCAUCUUGAAGGCGGUAUGCGCAGAAAGCAAACAAGACGCGAUGACAUCAAUCGUUUUUGAGUCGGCUAUGCGUGCUCGGUUUCCCGUUCAUGGUUGUCUAGGUAUCAUUAAUCAAUUGCAAACACAAUUACAAUAUGCACUUGAAGAGCUCCAUCAUGUGCACACAAAGCUUGCAAUUUGCAAGCAACAAGAAACCCCUUCCUCUAGUAGCCAUGAUCCUUCUCCUUUGCAAUUAACAAUAACUCCAAACACCAACUUUAUUGAUCCGAACCAACCCAGUUCGUCGAAAAUGAGCAUGCCUAUGAUUCUGAAUUACGAUUUGAUUAAUAAUCGAAUUAGUGGCAUGUAUUUGAAUGCUAAUUACGAAGGAAACAACCUAAAACCACUAAUGAUCCAAAACCCUAGCUUUAAUAGUGAUGAACCUCUUGUUCAAUCUUCUAUGUUUGGAUCACAGGAAUAUCCAAUUCAACAAGAAUUGGAUGUGUCUCAAUAUGAUGAUAUUCCAUUCGAUCCAAUGAUUGAUGACAGAUCACAGGAACCUUAUGAUUCAAGUGGGGAGCAAUCAUUGAAGAACAAAAUUGUGGAAAGCGAAUACAAUAUUUCAAAGACUGAUCUAAGAGAUUCUACAACAUCUGUUUCAAAGACCGAGCUAGCAAAUGCUGCUGCAUCCUUCAGUUUAACGAGAGGACACUAG